AAAAAGAAAAAAAUCCAAGAUGGCUUCCCAGACUGGUUUGAAAGAAGUUGUGUCUCUUUAUCAAACUCUCAUAAAGGAGUGGAAUAGAAAACCCGUUGAUCUUGAGAAAGUUGGAAAGCUUCUGUCUGGAAUGAAGAUGGCUUUGAUCCAGUUUUCAUUCUUACCAACUUCUUCAGGCAAGCCAACUUACCAGGAACUUCUUUUAGCAAGAGAUGCAUUAGAAAUUGGUGUUCAAUGGAGCAUUUUAAAAAAGGACAUACCAUCAUUUGAAAGAUACAUGGCACAGUUGAAACCAUAUUACCUUGAUUACAAGGGCACUUUGGAGGAAUCAGUUUAUAUGUAUCAGCUUCUUGGGCUCAAUCUGUUGUCUCUUCUUGCACAGAAUCGUCUUGCAGAGUUUCAUACAGAACUGGAACUUUUACCUGCUAAAGAACUUCAGAGCAAUGUGUACAUUAGACAUUCUGUCUCCUUAGAACAGUAUCUUAUGGAAGGAAACUAUAACAAGGUCUUCCUGGCAAGGGGAAAUGUACCAGCAGACAACUAUCAUUUCUUCAUGAAUAUCCUCCUGGAUACUCUAAGAGAUGAAAUAGCAGCAUGUGCAGAGAAAGCAUAUGAGCAUAUAUCCUUCCCGGAGGCUACCAGGAUACUUUACUUUGAGAGUGAAAAAGAUAUGGCAGCAUUUGCUCAGAAGCGAGAGUGGACUCUAAAGGAAGAUAAAUACUACUAUUUUGAACCAGACCCAGACAAAGAGAUGAAACAAGAAAUUCCUUCUUACAAAAUGAUUAAAAACAUGCUGGAGUAUGCCAAAGAACUUGAGAGAAUAGUUUAAAAGAAGAUGUACGAGGAAACAACUCAGAGAUUGCUGAGCAAUUGCUGUCAAGUCUUGUGCAUUGAGCUUGAGACUCAAGCAACUGAAUUCAAUCUUAUUCAUGCUUUCACACUAGAACUAUUAUUUUUCUUGCAUUUAAGGUUUUUGAUAUAAACUGUUGAUUUUUUGGUAGAAAACUGCUGUUUUGGCUAAGUAACUAUGAAAUUAAUUCUCCUUUUAAAUAUAAUUUACUUCUUGUUCCCUUUGGUAUUGCUUAAAACAUUUUUUACCAAUGGAAAUUCUCACUCAGAAUUAAAGAAUCACCUCUUAGCUACUUGAUUUGUUCAAAAUUUUCUGGGGGGGGGGGAGGCAUACCCCAAUAACCCCCUUCCCCCAAAGCUGAUGCCUGGAAUGUCACAAUUAAAGGCUAAGGUCCCAUUUUUACUUCAAGUGGGUUAACUUACUUCUUCAUAUGAGUUGAUUAUUGAAUGCUAACUAGUGGAGACACUGGUCACUGUUAAUAGAUAUAUUGACAGUAUAUCACUUUCAGAGAAAAAAUCUUCCAUUUGAUAAUCAUUAUUUGUCACAUUUACCUAUACUGGUAAAUCUGCAAUCUGUACAAGUUUAUACACUUCCUAUUUAAUUCCUAAGCUAUGGUUACCUUUUACACAUUUUAUGAAAUCUAUGGCCAGUUUCUCAAUUGCUUUGGCAAUAUCAGUCUCACUGCAAUCUUUAAAUGCCUUCACCACGUCCAUAAGAGCUGUGCCAAACAACUGCAGUCCUUUGAAAAUGUUUUUGUUUUGUAAGGCAUCAAAUGAUUCCUUGAACGCUGCUACAGUUUGGUUUCCAUCUUCAA